AUGCUUGGGCUCGCGUGUGGUGGCGAUGAUGCUUUGCUGAAGGCAAAGAAAGCCAAGAAAGAGGCCGACCAGGCCGAUGGAAAGAAGGACUCACCUGCCGCAUCAGCUGAGACUGCCGUCGAUGGCGUCAAGGAGGAGGUCAAGAAGGAGGAAGUCAAGAAGGAGGAGGAUGUCAAGGAUGAGUUGAAGGACGAGAUUGAAGUCAAGACCGAGGUGAAGGAGGAACUCGACGACUCCGAGGACGCGCUCAAUGACAUUAUGGAGGCGGAGACCGUUGCCGUUGGGAAAGGCAAGAAACGAAAGCGGUUUGACUACGAGGGCCCCGUGCCGCCCAUGCCAGCGGUGGACUCUGAUACCGAGUACGAGAAGGUUAGCAUCAAGGACUUCCCGGGCAGCCUCCGAGUAGAGGCCGCGUCCAUGGACAGGAUCAAUGGCCUCUACAAGAAGUUUCCCAAACCCAGCCGGGGCAGGCCAGCCUACGUCAAGGUCAGCAGAUUGGAUCCCGCUAAGAACAUGUAUCUUUUCUGGCAUGAUGACAAAUGGCAUAUUUCCCCCGAGUUUGGUGAAGGGCAGAAGUCCUUUGCGUCCAUCAUUGCUGCUGCGGGUGUCCAGCCGCCCUUCGAGCCAUUUCCUGGCAUCUGGAAGGUCCUAGAGAAGCACAAGGACAAAGACGACGGGAAGAAGUCGGAUACCGACAAGGACAAGGUGGAAUGUCUUCUUAUGAGAGUCGUCGAUGACACCUUCUGGGACCAGUCCCACGACUUUCAGGACAUGGACCAACCCUAUGAAGCCCAUGCCAGAGGGCAGCUGGAAGCGCAUAUAGCGAAGACUGAAAAGUCCGAGAAGAGAAAGGAGGAGAGAGAAGAAGUGAAAGCAGAGGUCAAGGACAAGGCAAGUGCGGCCAGGAUUCAGAAGACUCCACCACAAGCGCGGAAGCAGCCAGCACCGCCGGCGAAGUCAUCUUCCCCGACGAAGGGCCAGAAGAAUCAAAAGAAGAGUCCCAAGGCCAAAGCCCUUCCAAUUGUGAAGACCGGCGAUGACGAAGCGGAUAUGGUGGCAGCUGCGGCAGCUGCAGCCGGCGACGAGGACAGCGAUGACGAUCCGAAACCUCAGUCUGCCGCGCCGUCAGCGUGCCGCACUGAGCCCAUGUGUUCGCUGGGCAGAGCUUCCUAA